CCAUCGGUUUCAUUCAUGGAGAUCAAUCUCAAGCUGCUACAGAAAGUCAGGCGGCGCCUGCUCCCGCUCCUGCGCCGGCACAGGAUGGCGCUGCUCACGGCGCCCGCGGUGUUCGCCGCGCUCCUGCUCUUCUGGUCGGCGGCGCUCGGCGACUACGCCGGGCCGCUGUACAAGGACCCGGCCCAGCCCGUGGAGGCCCGUGUCGCCGAUCUCCUGGGGAAGAUGACCCUGGCGGAGAAGAUCGGGCAGAUGACCCAGAUCGAGCGGCUCGUGGCGACUCCGGACGUGCUCAGGAACUACUUCGUCGGCAGCCUGCUGAGCGGCGGCGGGAGCGUGCCGCGGAAGGGGGCCACGGCGGCGGAGUGGGUGGCCAUGGUGAACGACUUCCAGAAGGCCUGCCUGUCCACGCGGCUCGGCAUCCCCAUGAUCUACGGCAUCGACGCAGUGCACGGCCACAACAACGUCUACGGCGCCACCAUCUUCCCCCACAACGUCGGCCUCGGCGCCACCAGGGACCCUUACCUCGUGAAGAGGAUCGGCGCCGCCACCGCGCUCGAGGUCCGCGCCACCGGCAUCCAGUACGCCUUCGCGCCCUGCAUCGCGGUGUGCAGAGAUCCGAGGUGGGGACGGUGCUACGAGAGCUACAGCGACGAUCCCCGGAUCGUGCAGUCCAUGACGGAGCUCAUCCCGGGCCUCCAGGGCGAUGUCCCCAAGGACUUCACCGCAGGCAUGCCUUACGUCGCCGGAAAGAACAAGGUGGCGGCGUGCGCGAAGCACUUUGUCGGCGACGGCGGCACGGUGAACGGCAUCAACGAGAACAACACCGUCAUCAACCGCGACGGCCUGAUGAGCAUCCACAUGCCGGCGUACCACAACGCCAUGCAGAAGGGUGUGUCCACCGUCAUGAUCUCCUACUCCAGCUGGAACGGGGUCAAGAUGCACGCCAACCAGGAUCUCAUCACCGGAUACCUCAAGAACACGCUCAACUUCAAGGGCUUCGUGAUCUCAGAUUGGGAGGGCAUUGACAGGAUCACAACACCUGCAGGAUCAAACUACCCUUACUCCGUUAAUGCUUCCAUCUCCGCCGGCCUUGACAUGAUCAUGGUGCCGAACAACUACCAGUCGUUCAUCAGCAUCCUGACCAACUUCGUCAACACCGGCGUGAUCCCCGUGAGCAGGAUCGACGACGCCGUGACCCGGAUCCUGCGCGUCAAGUUCACCAUGGGCCUGUUCGAGUACCCCUACGCCGAUUCCAGCUUGGCUGAUCAGCUCGGGAAGCAGGAACACAGAGACUUGGCGAGGGAGGCAGUGAGGAAGUCUCUGGUGCUCCUGAAGAACGACGAGGUGAGCAGCGGCAAGCCAUUGCUGCCGCUGCCGAAGAAGGCGACCAAGAUCCUCGUCGCCGGCAGCCACGCCGACAACCUGGGCUACCAGUGCGGCGGGUGGACGAUUGAAUGGCAGGGCGAUACGGGGCGCACCACCGUGGGCACGACGAUCCUCGACGCCGUGAAGGCGGCCGUGGACCCCAGCACGCAGGUGGUCUUCGCGGAGAACCCGAGCGCGGAGUUCGUCAAGGGCGGCGGCUUCUCCUACGCGAUCGUGGCCGUCGGGGAGCACCCGUACACGGAGACCAAGGGCGACAACCUGAACCUGACGAUCCCGGAGCCCGGGGUGAGCACGGUGGAGGCGGUGUGCGGGGCCGUGCCGUGCGCCACGGUGCUCAUCAGCGGGAGGCCCGUGGUGGUGCAGCCGCUCCUGGCCGCGUCCAAGGCGCUGGUGGCCGCCUGGCUGCCGGGCUCCGAGGGCCUCGGGAUCACCGACGCGCUCUUCGGGGACUACGGCUUCUCCGGGAAGCUGCCGCGGAACUGGUUCAGGUCCGUGGACCAGCUGCCGAUGAACGUCGGCGACAAGCAUUACGACCCGCUCUUCGGGCUCGGCUACGGCCUCACCACCAAGGGGACCAAGAACAACUACUAGACGGCUCAUCGUAUAACAAGAAACAAACGUAGUAGUAGUAUAAUGGGGAUAGGAAACUGGGAUAGGGAGUGGGGGUUGGAGAUGAACAGUGAGUUCUUUGCUUCCCCGGCUUCAUACCAUGCCGACCGACCAAAAGACCGAUCGAUAUGUUUCGCUCGGUUUUAUAUUACUGCUAUUCUUUUUUUUUACUUGCUCGCUGGUUGACUUGGUGUAUGUUGGGAUCUCAGUUCUGAGCAGUAAUAUCAAAUUGACGAGCGAUAUUUAAUUCA